AUGGAUAAAAAUUACAUUAGUUCUCCAAACGAUUUUCAACAUAUGGAGGGUACUGAAUCGGUUGAAUUCAAACGUACUUUCGCUCUCGAUGGGAUCGGUGAAGAUGAAUCCUUGCGGUUAUAUUUACGCAAAGCGGGACUAUCGGAUGAAAUUGAAUAUUUGACACCGGAACAGCGACGUGCCUUCAUUUACGAUAUUAUAAAGAGCAACAAGAUGCCGGGAUAUUGGAUGCCUUCAACAAUGAUAUCGCCAUCUCCUUAUAAUUUACCCACUGCAAAGUCAAAUGAGCGUUCUAAACCACCGCCACCACCUGCGCGCACCGUCACAGCUUCACCCGCUAUGCAACGAAAUAAGAACUCUGCCAUGCCGAUAGCACUUAACUACGCCACCAUUAGCAGCUCUUCGUCGAACAACAGCCUGCAAAGUUUGGACCAAAGCAGUCCCAUUGUACCCCGUCGUUUCCAACCAACACCACCCACGCCGCCUUCGCCCUCGACAUUUGUGACUAGCAUUAAAGGUGGUCGAUACGAGAUAAGCGGCCCAAUGAACUUUCAGCACAUAGCUGGAGAUAUGACGCGUGAUCGGACGCGCAACGCAUUCGAUCUUACCAUGACCAUGAAUGAUAACGUACUGAGGAAGUAUCUGUUGGAACGCGGUAUUAAGGAGCAAGACUUGGCUGGCAUGCGCAAGCAGGAUAUCAUAAAAAACAUCGUACAAUCGAGGUUCACAUGGAUGCCACCUCAGCUCAAUGUUAAUGGUACUGUUAGUCAUCCUCCACCCAAUAUAAUGUAUGCCACUAUUUCUUCAUGCAAAGAACAUACACCACCCGGUUCGCCAAGGAUUUCACGCCCCCGAAAAUCAAUGAAUGCACCACCGCCACCACCACCACCACCACCUCCGCCGUCACUACCAGCAACGUCAGCGUUAGCCCCAGCAGCAGCAACAACUUCGAGUAUAGCACCAAUGUCUAAUCAAAAACAGAUAUCAACACCUCCUCUAUCGUCAGCUUCAAGUGCUACUCCAACAACUUCAGCAGAUUCUCUGUCGAGUUUAAACAUUUUGGCUGCGCGUUUCGCAAGCCCUUCAGAGUUUCCCUCUAUCGAAGAUAUUUACAGCAACAAGACUGAGGUGGAAGCCAUAUUUUCACAGACAUCUACUCAGCCCAGACAGACUUAUAGACAAGCGCCCCCACCACCCGUUAAGCCGAAACCCUUCGUUGACGCGCCUCCACCACCACCAUCUCUUAUCCAGGCUAAAAACAAUAAAUCUUCAGUGAUUUACCAUUCCAAUCAGAGUUUGGAUAGCCUCAACGAGUGGACGAGCGAAGAUGAUAGUGACAAUAAAAACAUAUAUGGCAGAACGAUUGCCGAUCGAGCUAAAGUGCCACCGACACCCAAGCUAAUGAUACUACCAACUACCGUCAGCAAUGAUGGUGGUAGUACAGCUACCUCGGUAUUAUAUGCUAGCAGUGUUGGCAAUAGAAAGCAAACUCCGCCACCAACACCUCCAAAGCCUGCGCUAAAACCACAAUUAUUUGCGAAGGUUUCAGCAGUGCCACCACCGCCUCCCCCUCCUCCAUCUCUUCCCGCACCAGAAGUUGCAGCGGCGUGUGCAUCUAAAACCUCAUCUCGUGCGCCAAUUGUUAUCAGCAAGGGGAGUGGCGCAUCGCCACCACCACCGCCUCCACCACCGCCACCUUCUACUAAUAACGCGCCUAUGCCACCACCACCACCACCUUCUACUAAUAACGCGCCUAUGCCACCACCACCACCACCUUCUACUACUAACGCGCCUAUGCCACCACCACCACCACCCAUAUUAAAUGCAGCAGCUAAAAGUAGCAGUGGCUCACCUGUAGCUCUAUCUACAGCUAAUGAUAGUGGGGACGCGCGUGGCGCUUUGCUAGAUAGCAUUCGAAAGGGCGUCGCCUUGAAGAAAGUCAACCAGAAAGCUGCCACAAUCAGUGGCGUCAAACCACGCGCCGAACGCAAACCACCAGCUAACGACUUUCUUUCCGAAUUGAAAAUGGGUAUUACAUUGCGACGGGUAAAGGAUAAGAAUCACAAUAUUUAUGCAGAUGAAGAUCCAGAUGAAUCGCAAGCUUAAGAAAGAUCGGUUACUAC